CGGCAGUGCGCACGCUCAGAAUCCGCGAGCCAGUCGCGAGCAGCGCGCGCGCACGCGACUCGACACGAACGACUCUCGUGACCGCUACCACUCACUACAUGGCAAUUGUUUGACAACUUUAUUAUGUGAUAUAAUAAGACUUGCAUUUAAGAAUAUUUAAUCGUAAUUUAAGAAUCUCUUUAGAGGUUAAGUUUUAGGGCGUAAAUAAUUUAUUGUGGGAUCAAAAUGACAAUUAAAAAUAAAAAGACUAAGCAGUCUAAUCAAGUGGCUUCGUCCAGUGGAGCUUCGACGAGUGUUCAAAAGAGCAGUUCAACAACAACCAGCAGCAGUACUGUGCAGAAAGUCAGCUCCGGCAAGAAGGUCCGCUACAUCGAGGUAAAGGUCGAGGAAGACGACCCGCUUAUGAUAACUGACGUAACCGACCAUGGGUCGGUGACUGGCUCCACUAUAUCGGAGCAUUAUAACAGCCACCCGCACUAUAUUAUCACGGAAGCUCCUUCGAUGACUGAUCUAUCGCAAACAAGAUCGCUAGGACAUCAUACAAGUGAUAUGGCUCUGUCCACAACUGGUGAGUUCGUUUCAUCGUCGGUGCUACAAGAAUCCUCAUCGCAACAACAAAGUUCUAAGAGUGAGACUUAUCAAUCUUCUUCUACAUCUGUUCAACAGUCUGGUUCUAGUCAAAGCCAGACAUUUGAUCGAACUAUGGAUUCUUCUUCUGGAAAUCAAACUCUCAAUACCGCCUUUUUAGAUAGCAAUGGAAGCCGUGUCGCAGACUCCUCAUCUACAUUCUUAACAAGAUCUCAAGGUGCUAAUGCUACUAAUUCUUUGCUUCAAUCUGAACGUCAGGACGUUCUAAAUAAGCAAACAGCCGCAACGAACCAGUCUACUUCUUCAAAAUCUGAUGCAAGCAAAUUUACAUCAACAAAUCAGAAGAACACUAACCAACGAGAGAAUGUAACUUACCAAAAUUCUCCUCAGCCGUCGAAAAGAGGUCAGACUGCAAAGUCUGAUAUUUCUAACUUCUACGGUGGUGAAGGAUCGCUUGACAAAGAUUCAAGGACAAAACAGUUUACGAGCACUUCACAAUCUAGUGAGAGUAAGAGCAGCAGUGUAGUAAAAUCCUCUUCAUCGUCGUACGUUGUUGAAAUAAUAGAUGGCAAAGAACGCAUAAUUGACAGCACUCACAGAGAAUGGGGCGAUGCUAAAGAACAAGCCAAAAGUGAGGCAUACGAUAGCGUAAGUGGUACAGGUAUCAAGCCACAAUCGGCACAUAGCAUACAGAAUUAUGACAUGAAAUCUAAAUACGACACUGGAAAAGAUGGAAAAAAACCUAAAAGUGAAUUGACAAUAAAAGAAGAUGCAAAGUUUAUUAAAGACGGAAGUCAAGUCACUUCUCACACUAACUACAUUAAGGAGAAGGACAAUUCUAUUGAACAACAAUAUACUUCUACACAGGGACAGCUAACUUCUAAAGAUAAUCAUUCUAACAUCACACAAGAUAAGUUAAAUGCUAAUAUUUCUACUCAAGAUCACUCAAAUACUAGUGAUUAUCAUCAACUGUCAAAUAUUACGGAAGAGCAAAUCAGUUCAAGCUCUCAAAAUUAUACUACUACUACGUCUAAUAGCGAGGAUACUAUCAAAACAAACAAAAGCAAUAUAAAAUCAAUUGAUGCCACAACACAGGAUAAGAGACGUAAUGUAAACAAAACAGAUUCAUCAAACUUUUACGGUUAUGACACAACUGUACAAGAUGAAUUGAAAAAAGUUGGUGAUAUUUUACAUGUGGGAGACAGCAAAAACUUUAACUUUUCAACUAAAAUCAUGAAGAGUAACACCAGUAGUGCUGAGCAAGCCACUUCUUCGUCAUACAGGGUUGAAAUAGUCGACGGAAAGGAAAGGAUUAUUGAUACGUCUAACAGAGAAUGGGGCGAUAGCAAAGAGCAUGCGACGUAUGAGAAGAGUCACAAUGUGGGCGGAACUGGUGUUAAACCUCAACAUGAAUAUACUCGCCAUGUUUUGGAUAAAGAAUCUCAUUACGAUACUGGUAAAGACGGAGUACCUACGAGCUCUAACUACGUUUCAGAAGAGUCCGCUUUAUAUAAAGAUGGAAAACAAAUCGCUUACACAAGUAACACUCACGGCGGUGACUAUACAAAAAAGAAGGCUAUUACUGAAAAUUUCAAUGAUACAGAUGAUAUUCUGAAUCGACGCAUUCAAGGUACAACUGAUGACAAUGUUCACUCAUCUACUUAUCAAACGACAUCUACUGAUCAGUCUACCAUAAAGGACUCGAGUAAUGUUCAGCACACAAGCGAAUUUUUGACUACUGAGAAACAACACCUUACACAAGAGACAGCAUCCACGUUGAACAAGGAGACAAAAGAUACCCUUACAACUUAUGAACGAAGUACAGGGACUUGGAAUGGAAAAUUCAUUUACGAAAAGGAUGAUGAUAGGCCCAAACGACCAAAAGAUAUGUCUCCUUUUGGUCGACCAGAAAAACCAAGGCAUCAUCUGAAAAGGCAAGAUACAGAAGAAAACAUCAUAUUGUCUUCGAGGGACAUUAAAGAUUUUACAUCAAUAAGUGAUUUGAGGAAAAUCAUCGAAACAACGCAGUCUAACAAAAAUGUUACUGUAAGUGAUAAAAGUAUUGUGAUUAACAGAAGGACGAUAGAUGAUAGGGUGUUGAAAGACAUCAUUGAUACAGUAAAGAAGUAUCCUUUCAAAAGAAUUGAGAAGGUUUCUUUCGGAACUAAAAUAAAUGAAGACGUAAAGGAUUUGUACGAAGGCGUUGACGCCGAAGAGCUCACGACAAUUGUGAAUACCGCUAAUACCGAAUUUACUAAGAAGUCUUUUGAAGUUGAAAAGACUAAAAGUCAAGUAGAAGUCACGCGCUACAUAAUCGAGAAUGGAAUAAAAACGAAGAUUACCACAUACGAGGAUGCAAAAGAGGAUGACAAGGUCAAGACAAACGUUUUCGUCGACAAGAGCGCGAUGGAUGUUACAAACUUGCGAGACGCCAAGAUGACGAAGGACGUACGCGAAUAUGAUGUGGUCGACCAUACCAUCACUAGCACGAGAGAGGAUAUCAGCACGGUCUAUGAUGAGACCGUCAUUGAUGAUCGGAAGACCAUACUCGACGAUAGAACUACUUCCGAGACCACUUUCAUUGAAGAGACCAGGCCAAGAGGCCCUAAAAAACCUGAAAAGACAGUUAUUAAGGAACAGUGUAUCUGCGAAAUGUGCACUUGUGGACGUCAUCGUUGCCCACACAACGAUGUCCCGGAGCCAUUGUUCGAUGUGGAGCACACGACGAAUGUGGUGUCUGCGUACAAACAGGAUUAUGAUGAAAAACACGUUAGUCGCACUACUACUGUGCAUCAUGAAGACCAUCUACGCCUGGAGGGCGAUUUUCAAGAGCCUCAUCGGCCGAAAUGGCAAGCCGCUGAGCGCCCCAAACAAAUAAAACCGGAAGACAAUCUCAAACCAGAAGGAGAUUUUGAAAAGCGGCGACCAGAAGAAUGGCGUCCUGGUGACAGAGCCCCUGUAAGAAAACCUGACGAUAACUUGAGGCCUGAAGGAGAAUUUACUACUCCUGAGAAAGAACAAUGGCGGCCAGCUGAAAGGCAAAAGCCAAAAAAGCCUGAUGAUAAUUUGAAACCGGAAGGAGACUUUGAAAAGCGCAAGCCUGAGCAGUGGCGACCCGGUGACAGAGCUCCAGUGCGUCGUCCUGAAGAUAACUUAAAACCGGAAGGCGAUUUUGAGCAAAGGCGACCUGACGAGUGGCGUCCCGGUGACAGAGCACCCGUUCGGCGUCCUGAGGAUAAUCUUAAGCCUGAAGGUGACUUUGAGAGACGUAAACCAGAAGAGUGGCGCCCAGGCGACCGCGCGCCAGUACGUCGUCCUGACGACAACUUGAAACCUGAAGGCGACUUUACCACCCCAGAGAAGGAAACCUGGCGCCCAGCUGAAAGGCAAAAGCCUAAAAAACCUAGUGACAAUUUAUAUCCUGAAGGUGACUUUGAGAAGCGCAAACCUGAGGAGUGGCGUCCAGGCGACAGAGCUCCAGUGCGUCGUCCUGACGAUAAUCUAAGACCUGAAGGCGACUUUGAGAAAAGGCGCCCUGAAGAGUGGCGUCCCGGUGACAGAGCACCAGUUCGGCGUCCUGAGGAUAAUCUUAAACCUGAAGGUGAUUUCGAGAAACGUAAACUGGAAGAGUGGCGCCCAGGCGACCGCGCACAAGUACGUCGUCCUGACGACAAUUUGAAACCUGAAGGCCAAUUCACCACUCCAGAGAAGGAACCCUGGUGCCCAGCUGAAAGGCAAACGCCUAAAAAACCUGGUGAUAAUUUAUAUCCUGAAGGUGACUUUGAGAAGCGCAAGCCCGAACAGUGGCGUCCUGGUGACAGAGCUCCAGUGCGUCGUCCUGAAGAUAAUUUAAAACCUGAAGGUGACUUUGAGAAAAGGCAACCUGAAGAAUGGCGUCCCGGCGACAGAGCACCUGUUCGACGUCCUGAGGAUAAUCUUAAGCCUGAAGGUGACUUUGAGAAAAGGCGACCUGAGGAGUGGCGUCCCGGUGACAGAGCACCAGUUCGGCGUCCUGAGGAUAAUCUUAAACCUGAAGGUGACUUCGAGAAACGUAAACCGGAAGAGUGGCGCCCAGGCGACCGCGCACAAGUACGUCGUCCUGACGACAAUUUGAAACCUGAAGGCGAAUUCACUACUCCAGAGAAGGAACCAUGGCGUCCAGCUGAAAGGCAAAAGCCUAAAAAACCUGGUGAUAAUUUAUAUCCUGAAGGUGACUUUGAGAAGCGUAAACCUGAGGAGUGGCGUCCAGGUGACAGAGCUCCAGUGCGUCGUCCUGAAGAUAAUCUUAGACCUGAAGGUGAAUUCACUACUCCAGACAAAGAACUUUGGCGUCCCGCAGAAAGACAAGUACCCAAAAGGCCACAAGAUAACCUAAAACCCGAGGGAGAGUUCGAGAAACCUAAGCAAGAUGAAUGGCGCCCAGCUGAAAGGCAAUCACCAAAAAAACCAGAGGACAAUUUGAAACCAGAAGGAGCAUUUGAGAAACCUAAGCAUGACGAAUGGCGUCCCGCAGAACGACAAACACCCAAGAAGCCACAUGAUAACCUAAGACCUGAGGGAGAGUUUGAGAAACCUAAGCACGAUGAAUGGCGUCCCGCGGAAAGACAAACGCCCAAGAAGCCACAAGAUAACCUGAGGCCAGAGGGUGAGUUUGAGAAACCUAAGCACGAUGAAUGGCGCCCAGCUGAACGGCAAAAGCCGAAAAAACCUGUGGACAAUUUAAGACCAGAAGGCGACUUUGAGAAGAGAAGGCCUGAAGAAUGGCGCCCAGGCGAUCGAGCAGCUGUUCAUCGCCCUGGCGAUAAUCUCAAACCUGAAGGAGAAUUUACAACACCAGAAAAAGAAGAAUGGCGUCCUGCAGAACGUCCAAAACAAAAGAAACCUGAAGACAACUUGAAACCAGAGGGUGAAUUUACAACUCCCGAUAAACCAGAUUGGAAACCUGCUGAAAGACCGAAGCAAAAGAAACCAAUGGAUAACUUGAAACCUGAAGGUGAAUUCACUAGCACAAGAACUAUAACCGAAGAUUAUAAGAUAGUAACCGGAGAACGAGCUGAAAUAGUGAGACAUGUUGACAACAUUAUUACUGAAGGAGAAUUUGUAGAUACCACUACUUCCCGCACUGAGUAUACUAUUAAGCCAGCAGAAAGACCAAAGCCGGUUCGUCGUAAUACUUGGACAAAGAUUGAAGGCGAGUUGACUACUGACACGACUUCUAAAACAGAGUAUAUUGAUUUUACUGACAUGGUAGAAAGAACUACUACGGUCGCGAGAAGAGCUGACAACUUAGUCCGAGAAGGGGAAAUUGAUUUUGUUACUUCUACACAGACGGAUUUCACUCAAAAAGUUUCACCAGUAGAACGUAAACAAAGACGUCGUACCUGGACAAAAGAAGAUUUUGAGAAAUUUUAUUCCACGGAAGAAUUACAAAAAAUAACCACUUCACAACACGAAUAUAGAGCAUAUGAGGAUACAGAUGUAAGACAACAAAUUAUUAGAACAGAUAAUCUCCACACAGAAGGUACAUUUGAAAGUCUCACUGUCUCACAUGACGCUUUUCAACCAAAAUUUACUGAGCGACCUAAACAAAAGAAACCGUUAGACAAUUUGAAACCAGAAGGUGAGUUUGAGAAACCGAAACAUGAUGAAUGGCGUCCUGCUGAACGUCAGACUCCAAGAAAACCUAAAGAUAACUUGAAACCUGAAGGAGAAUUUGAAUCUCAUAAACCAGAAGAAUGGCGUCCAGCUGAAAGGCCGGAAGUAAAAAAGCCAAAAGAUAAUUUGAAACCCGAGGGAGAAUUCGAGAAACCGAAGCAAGACGAAUGGCGUCCAGCAGAAAGACAAUCACCUAAGAAACCAGAAGACAAUUUGAAACCUGAAGGAGAGUUCGAGAAACCAGAACACGAGGAAUGGCGCCCGGCCGAACGACCUGAAGUUAAAAAGCCUAAAGAUAACUUAAAACCAGAAGGUGAAUUUGAAAAACCUAAGCAAGAAGAAUGGCGUCCAGCAGAAAGACAAACACCUAAGAAGCCACAAGACAACUUAAGACCAGAAGGCGAAUUUGAAAAACCAAAACAUGUUAAAUGGCGACCAGCUGAAAGGCAAACACCUAAGAAACCCGAAGAUAAUUUGAGACCCGAGGGCGAAUUCGAGAAACCUAAGCAUGAAGAAUGGCGUCCGGCAGAGAAACAAACACCUAAGAAGCCGCAAGAUAACCUAAGACCAGAGGGAGAAUUUGAGAAACCUAAGCAUGAUGAAUGGCGUCCAGCAGAAAGACAAACACCUAAGAAGCCGCAAGAUAAUCUAAAACCGGAGGGAGAAUUUGAGAAACCUAAACACGAUGAAUGGCGACCAGCUGAAAGGCAAACUCCAAAGAAACCCGAAGACAAUUUGAGACCCGAGGGCGAAUUCGAGAAACCUAAACAUGACGAAUGGCGUCCAGCAGAAAGACAAACGCCUAAGAAGCCACAAGAUAACCUAAAACCAGAGGGAGAAUUUGAGAAACCUAAACACGAUGAAUGGCGACCAGCUGAAAGGCAAACCCCAAAGAAACCCGAAGACAAUUUGAGACCCGAGGGCGAAUUCGAGAAACCUAAGUAUGAUGAAUGGCGUCCGGCAGAGAGACAAACACUUAAGAAGCCACAAGAUAAUUUGAAAUCCGAAGGUGAAUUUUCAACACCAGAAAAACAGCCUUGGCGACCAGCUGAGCGUCCGAAACAAAAGAAGCCAGAAGAUAAUCUUAAACCAGAAGGCGAAAUCGAAACUAGAAAACCUGAAAAAUGGAGACCUGGUGAACGCGAACCUGUAAAACGUCCAGAAGACAAUUUGAAGCCAGAGGGUGAAUUUACUACUCCCAAGAAAGAAGAAUGGAAACCAGCUGAAAAGGCUGUAGUAAUAAAACCUGUAGAUAAUUUGCGUCCAGAAGGUGAAUUUACAACUACUAGAACUAUAACUGGAGAUUACACUAUCAUUACUGGAGAAAGAGUUGAUAUAAUUAGGCACACUGAUAAUUUGAGAUUAGAAGGUGAAUUUGAAAAAACUGAACAUAGACAGUGGGUUCCAGCCGAAAGACCUCAAAUGACGAAACCAAAAGAUAAUCUAAAGCCAGAAGGAGAAUUUGAGAAGCCUACGCAAGAUAAAUGGCGUCCAGCUGAAAGGUCUACUCCGAAGAAACCUGAGGACAACUUAAGACCAGAGGGCGAAUUUGAAAAACCGAAGCAAGAUGAAUGGCGACCAGCAGAAAGACAAACACCUAAGAAACCACAAGAUAACCUUAGACCUGAAGGAGACUUUGAAAAACCUGAAUAUGAAAAGUGGCGUCCAGCUGAAAGACCAGAAGUCAUAAAACCGAAAGACAAUUUAAAACCCGAAGGUGAAUUCGAAAAACCUAAAUACGAUGAAUGGCGUCCAGCCGAAAGACAAACACCUAAAAAACCUCAAGACAAUCUCAGACCUGAAGGAGAAUUCGACAAACCGAUACAAAGUGAAUGGCGACCCGCUGAAAGACCGACACAGAAAAAACCAAAAGACAACUUAAAACCUGAAGGGGAGUUUGAAAAACCAGAAUUUGAGAAAUGGCGUCCAGCUGAAAGACCUGAAGUUAAGAAGCCGAAAGAUAACUUACAACCCGAAGGUGAAUUCCAACAACCAAAACAAGAUGAGUGGCGACCUGCUGAAAGACAAAAACCUAAGAAACCUGAGGACAAUUUGAAACCAGAAGGUGAAUUUGAGAAGCCGAAGAAUGAUGAGUGGCGUCCUGCAGAGAGACCUGAAGUAAAAAAACCGAAGGAUAACUUGAAACCAGAGGGUGAGUUUGAGAAACCGAAACACGAUAAAUGGCGCCCAGCAGAAAAGCCUGAAGUCAAAAAACCUAAAGACAAUCUCAAACCCGAAGGCGAAUUCGAAAAGCCCAGACAUGAAAAGUGGCAGCCAGCUGAAAGGCAAACGCCAAAGAAACCUCAAGAUAAUCUUAAACCAGAAGGUAAAUUUGACAGGCCUGUGAAACCAAAACUAAUAUCUGGUGAAAGACCUGUUCAAAAGAAACCAAAAGACAAUCUUAAGCCCGAAGGUGACAUGGAUGUAGUAAGACGAACUGAUUACAAUGCUACUAGAGGAGAACGCGUUGACGUUGUUAAACACGAAGAUCAUCUAAAAAUGGAAGGUACUAUUGACUUACAUCGUUCUAGAGACGAUUACAAACGAAGUGAGAAAACCGAAAAAGUUGUUGUUCAGAGACAUGAAGAUAAUCUUAGAACUGAAGGAGAGUUUAUUGAUUUACAAGUUCGUAACGAUUAUAGUGCAACCAAAGGUGAAAGGGCUCCUGUAAUUAAACCGAAAGAUAAUUUGAAACCCGAUGGUAAGUUCUACAAACCUGAAGUAAUACCUUCUCAGCCAGCUGAAAAACGAAAGCCGUUCAAGUACGUAGACAAUAUUACUAUCGAUACAGAAAUUGAUUUACGUCAAAGACAAAAGAUAGAGAGACUUGAUAUUAUUAGAAGAGAAGACAACUUGAAAAUUGAAGGAGAAUUUAUCGAUAUGAAACAAAGAAACGACUAUAGUGUCACCAAAGGUGAAAGAGCAGCUGUAGUGAAACAUGAAGAUAAUUUGAGGAUGGAAGGGAAAUUGGAGAAUGUGCGAUCAUCAGAUACAUAUCGUGUCGUAAAAGGACAGAGAGUAAAAUUGACUCGUAGAGAAGAUAAUUUGAAAAUUGAAGGUGUGUUUGAAGACCAUACACGUCGAAAUGAUUACAAAGCCAUAAAAUCUGAAAGGUCUGCCAUUGUAUCCCAUGUUGACAAUUUGAAGCCUGAAGGAGAGUUUGAAAGGAAACCUGUGCCGGAGCCUGUCAAUGGAGAAAAGCGUUCCCCAAUUAAGCAAACUGACAAUCUUAAACCAGAGGGCACUUUUGAUAGACCCUCGAGACCUAAAUGGAUUACCGGGAAAAGACCUGAACCAGUGAAGCCUCAUGAUAAUUUACAUCUAGAUGGUGAAUUUCAAAGCAGACCUAAACAGCAGUGGCAAGCAGGUGAUACACCUGCACAGGUUCGUCCUCAAGACAAUCUUAAGCCGGAAGGCGAAUUUGAACGACCUUCGAGACCGAAGUGGGUUACUACUGAAAGACCCGAUCAAAUAAAACAUAAAGAUAAUCUUUAUCCAGAGGGUGAUUUUCAGGAUAGACCUAAGAGUCAAUGGCAACCAGGUGAAACUCCUGCACAAUCUCGUCCUAAGGAUAACCUAAAGCCAGAGGGUGAUAUUGAUCGCCCUACAAGAGCUAAAUGGCAGACAGGAGAAAGACCGAGCCCUGUGCGACCUAAAGAUAACUUGCACCUAGAAGGGGAAAUAGAGACAAGAACUCCGACCAAAUGGAGCGCAGCUGAAAAAUCGGGUCCCAUUAGACCUAAAGAUAAUCUAUACACAAAUGGUGACGUCACGCGUCAUGACACUACGAGGGAGGUAUCGCGAAAAACAACAGACUCAGUUAUCGCACGAGAUCAGAUGCACAGUGAUAACAUAAACACAUCGCGAACAGAAACUCAAGCCAAACAAUCCACUACUCGUAGCACCGCUGAGCACACUACGUCCAAGCAUAUACAUUCCGAUUCUCAUAUAAAACAAUCUACUGUUAUGUCACAAGACGUCCUUGAUCGCACUAGUUCAGAGACAUCUAUCAACCGUGGAAUUCCCCAUAAUGUAAUCGAUAAAACAAGUAAGCAAGACGUGUUUGACCGUUCCACAUCAAGAAAUGUCACCGAUAGAUCCUUAAGUAAAGGGGAUUCUAAAAAUAUAAAAAGUUCUUCUUCCACUACAAAGACAGUGAAGCAGGUAACAGAAAAAAAAUUGAUAGCUGGUAAAUGGGUAACUGUAACGCGAAAUGUAGAGACUAAUGUUAUAUCGGGUGGCGACACUAAAACCAUUCAAGAUCGUAGUCCUCGUCGUGGUCCUGCUGGUGGAGAUAUUAGCCGGAAUCUUAUAUCAACGGAGCAAACGGUAGAAUCAAGAGACCGAGACGGACAGCAACUCCGUGACACUUCAGAAAGUACAACGUAUCGUCAUAUGUCUAACACCGAACAUAGCUCGAAAGGAAUCGAUUCUACACAAAGAAUUACAUCCGAUCACUCUGCUGUGAAAAGUCACCAAGAUAGUCAAAAGGCCACAAGUUCUGAAAGUCAUACUCGGAAAAAUAUCACCCAUUCAUCUUCGUCAUCUCGUGUUUCGUCAGCUAGUCACACAGAACAGCGUUAUGUUCAGCAAUCAGAGUCUCAGAAAUCGCAUGAAGACUCAUCUCAAAGAUUAAUAUCUUCAGACAGAUCAUCAUCGGUAACACAUGGAUCAAACUCACAAGAACGUGUUGGCUCAGACAAGAGUCACUUCCAACAGAAUGUAACACGAUCUAAUCAGCAAUCGCAAUCGGUGAAUAGAAGUCAACUGAGUGACAGCGUUACAAAAACUAGCGCGGAAUUCCAGAGAGCCAUGCACGGUGGAGGAGAUGCUAUGCUGUCUGCGGUUGAUAGCACGGUUCGAAGUGGACAUCACAAGCGUUCUUCUGACCUUGUUUCCGACGCCGCUUCAUCUAAUGCUAUUCUUCAUCGCAAAGGAAUUACAUCCACAACUGAAGCUCAACACUCUAUAAGUUCUACAGCAGCUGCUCAGCGUAAGAGCAUUGGAAAUCUAUGUGAACGAGGUGAAUAUAUUAGCAAUUCCACUCACAGCUCGGACAGAAAGAGUAUCAGUUCCAUGCAUCGUUCUGCUCGUGAUAAUGUAGGAGUUAUAUCGCAACACACGGAAUUUGAUUCUCGUCGCGGUCAAACUAAACGUGAUUUAGUGGUGGAGAGGCAACCACGAGUAACAAUCCAAGACAAUUUGAGAGUCGGAGGUGAAUUUUAUGCUCAUUCGGAAGGACGUUCCUACGGCAACUUCUCACGUUCGGAGCAAGCACAAAGAUCUGAUCGCACAGAACGUGUAGAGAGAGUCGAGCGUGUAGUUAAGCGCGGCAAUACUUCUUCCUUUACCCUGGGAGACGGUGGAACCAGCUACAAGCGUGAGUUUACUUCUCACGUGCAUGGCGUAUGUCCUGCUACUCUCGUCGAACAGCAGGGUACACCAUUCAAGCACACCCGUGAUACACGAGAACACAAAUUCUACUCAUCAAAAACAACCCAAUCCUAAUACAGCGAGGUAAAACACAAGAGUGACCUAUAUUAUCAUUCCUAAAGCUUUUUAAAUAAAGAUAUAUUAAAGUAAUCGAAAUAACAUAGUACACAUUAUUUAUAUGCCAGCUAUUAUAUAAUAACUAUAACACUGCUAGUCGUUAAAAAUUAACGUGCCUUCUUCUCUGAGAUGCCUACUUGUAAAACAACCUAAGUAUAAUUUUAUUAACACAUUAUUUUGUCAAAAAUUGC